CUUCUCGCUCGCGGGGAGGGAGCAUGGCGCGGGCGGAGCUCGGCUCUGGCUGCAGCAAGGCUGGGACCUGGGCCGGAUUUUCUCUCGCGAGGAAUGAAGCAUUGAUGACCCUCAGAUUAUAAUUCUGGUUCUCCCUGUUCCUCUAGCCAUCCUAACAAUGCAACAUCUUGUGCUCAUAGCUUUUCUUUCUGCUUCACUGUUCUUUCCACACCCUCCUUUUGCCAAUGGUGCUGAUCUGAACUCCGACAAACAAGCCCUUCUUGCAUUUGCUGCAUCUCUGCCUCAUGCAAGAAAGAUCAACUGGACCCUCACAACCCAGGUCUGCAGAUCUUGGGUUGGGGUUACAUGCACACCAGAUGGGAAGCGUGUGCGUAUGCUGCGGCUACCUGCAAUAGGACUAUUUGGUCCUAUGCCCUCGAACAUACUUGGCAAGCUUGAUGCCUUGGAGGUGUUGAGCCUUCGAUCUAAUCGUCUUACUGUUGGCCUCCCCCCUGAUGUACCGUCCAUUCCUUCUCUGCACUCUCUUUACCUUCAGCACAAUAACUUGUCAGGAAUAAUACCGACUUCCCUGUCUUCAAAUCUAGCAUUCCUCGACCUGUCGUACAACUCAUUUGUUGGUGAAAUCCCGUUGCAAGUGCAAAAUAUCACUCAACUUACUGGGUUGUCUCUCCAGAACAACUCUCUUUCUGGGCCCAUCCCUGAUCUUCACCUCCCCAAUAUGAAAUAUUUGAAUUUGAGCAACAAUAACUUUAGUGGGGCCAUACCGCUUUCUCUGCAGAAGUUUCCAGCCAAUUCUUUCUUGGGGAAUGCUUUUCUAUGUGGGUUUCCCUUGGAACCAUGUCCAGGAACACCUUCUCCUUCUCCAAAUGCACCAUCUCCCCAGGGCAGCAAAGAAGGCUUUUGGAAAGGUCUUUGGAGAAAGCAUCACACUAUUAUCAUAAUCGCACUAAUUGCUGGAGGAGGGGUAGUGUUGCUGAUUUUGAUUAUCAUACUCUUCAUAUGCAUCUUCAAGAGAAAGAGAGGUGGGGAACUUGGCACAGUUUCAUCUUCAUCCAAAGGAAAGGGUGUUGCGGGUGGAAGAGCAGAAAAAUCCAAGCAAGAAUACAGCAGUGGUGUUCAAGAAGCAGAGAGGAACAAAUUAGUUUUCUUUGAGGGCUGUUCAUAUAACUUUGACUUGGAGGAUCUGUUGAGGGCUUCAGCUGAAGUCCUUGGAAAAGGAAGUCAUGGUACGACCUACAAAGCCGUUCUUGAGGAUGGCACAACAGUGGUUGUGAAGAGACUGAAGGAAGUGGUGGCAGGAAAGAAGGAAUUCGAACAGCAAAUGGAGAUAAUUGAUAGGCUUGGCCAGCACCACCAGGGUGUUGUUCCCUUGCGUGCUUUCUAUUACUCCAAGGACGAGAAGCUCUUGGUUUAUGACUAUGUUCCACCGGGUAGCCUUUCAGCUGCUUUGCAUGGGAAUAAAUCUGCUGGAAGAGCACCACUGGACUGGGAGACAAGAGUAAGGAUAUCUCUUGGCGCCGCGCGUGCGAUCGCUCAUCUUCACAUCGAAGGAGGAGGCAAGUUCAUCCACGGCAAUAUCAAGUCAAACAACAUCCUUCUCUCGCAGGAGCUCAGCGCCUGUGUCUCCGACUUUGGCCUCGCGCAGCUCAUGGCCACCCCUCACGUUCACCCACGGCUGAUCGGGUACCGUGCACCGGAGGUCCUCGAGGGCAAGAAACCAACGCAGAAAUCCGAUGUCUACAGCUUUGGUGUGCUGCUACUCGAGAUGCUGACAGGAAAAGCCCCCCUCAGAUCCCCCGGACGUGAUGACUCCAUCGAGCACCUCCCAAGGUGGGUGCAGUCUGUGGUCCGGGAGGAAUGGACCUCGGAGGUCUUCGACGUCGACCUGCUGAGGCACUCGAACACCGAGGACGAGAUGGUGCAGCUGCUCCAGGUCGGAAUGGCGUGCGUUGCCAUUCCUCCUGACCAACGGCCUCGAAUGGAGGAUGUGGUGAGGAGGAUCGAGGAGAUCCGGAGCUCUGGUUCGGGGACAACAACUAGAACCUCUCCCGAAGACAAGCCGAGGGAGGAACACAUCCAAAUCACUUGAGGCAAAAUAGGUCUCAUACUGACGGCGUCUCUCAUGCUGCAAAUUGAGUUCAUAGUUUCAUUUCUUUACUGAACCUUCUCCGGGUGUUUCUAAUCAUUCUUUCAGUAAAUUUAUUUUCACUUAGUUCCAUCAUCUCAGAUUCUCAGUAGCUCAGCUGAUCAUCGUAGGGUGUUGUGGUGACUGUUUAGUGUAUGAUUGAUGCUGAUUCACUGAAUGGGCGCCUGUCACUUGCAUGUGACUGAGAUUUUCUCGAACUAUAUAUGCUUGCCCUGGUAUUGGUCUCUUCUGUUA